AUGUUGGGAUUGAUACUUGUAAUUCUCUUCCUAACAGAUUUUAUAGAAUUCCCAUCUGCCAAUUCUGCAAUCUCAUCACCCAAAAAUUUACUAUUAACAACCCUUUCAUCAAAACCCACUGCCCCAGACCCGUUUAGGGAUCUGUUUAAAGCGUACAAGCAAUGGGAUUCUCAAGUGGGAUGUGAUCGAUUCAUAGAGAAACACAAAGAAGUUUCGGCAAAUGGGUCAAUAUCCUUGCAAGAUUUUGAGGGUGAAUUUCAGUGUAGUGAGCUGAAGAUGAAUCAUGUAAAUGUUUUGGUCAAAGGGUGGACUUGGAUCCCUGAUAAUAUGGACAAUUUGUACAGUUGUAGAUGUGGGUUGAGCUGUUUGUGGACAAAAUCUUCUGUUCUUGCUGAUAAACCCGAUGCCCUUCUGUUUGAGACCACAACUCCUCCUCUUCAGAGGCAUUAUGGUGAUCCACUUCGUGUAUACAUGGAUCUGGAAGCCGGCCGGAAGAGAUCAGGCUACGAUGAUAUUUUUAUUAGUUAUCAUGCUAAAGAUGAUGUCCAGUCAACAUAUGCAGGGGCACUCUUCCAUAACAACCGAAAUUAUUAUUUAUCUUCCACCAAGAACAUUGAUACUCUUGUUUAUUGGUCCUCAUCGCGCUGUCUUCCUCGAAGAAACCAACUUGCCAAAAGCCUACUCAGAUUGUUACCCUUCCACUCAUUUGGCAAAUGCUUGAACAAUGUUGGAGGCCUUGACCAGGCACUGUUCCUCUAUCCCGAGUGUGUGAAGGAUGCUAAUGAGGCACCUAAGUGGUGGGAUCAUUUACAUUGUGCCAUGUCCCAUUAUAAGUUUGUGCUUGCAAUUGAAAACACAGAGACUGAGAGUUAUGUGACAGAAAAAUUAUUUUACGCUCUCGACUCUGGAGCAGUUCCCAUAUAUUUUGGCGCCCCUAAUGUUCGGGACUUUGUACCUCCACAUUCGAUUAUAGAUGGGACGAAAUUCUCUUCCAUGGAGGAAUUGGCUUCUUUCAUCAAGGCUUUAGCUAAUGAUUCUGUAGCAUAUGCGGAGUAUCAUGCAUGGAGGCGAUGUGGGGUUUUAGGUAAUUAUAAGAAGACUCGUGCAACUAGCCUUGACACGUUACCCUGCAGACUAUGUGAAGUUGUGAGCAGAAAAAACGGGCGGAAUGCACAAGCACGGUAA